CAGGUCAGUGUUAAGGGAUUUAAUAAACAACCCAAGAAAAUAUCCCACUGAAAAUGUUUAGGGUUUCCUUUUUGAAAGCCUGGUGAAGUAUUGCUCAUGAACAAAACUAGUUUUGAAACUAACCACAAUUCUGUGUUCUGGUACAGGUUGGGAACUGGUUUCAUCUCCACUGGCUGGAUGGAGCUGUUAAAGCAUUUUAAAAAGAAGUUGGUUCUCGUCUUCAUCACUGCGCUCUUCCUCUUUUUGGUCUUCACUGUGAAAACGCCCAGCACAUACAACUCAAUCCCAAAACCAUCUGGGCCGCCAAGUGCUUGCUCCAUGAGGAUAUCCGAGCAGACCAUCAUGCCGCUUAACAAUACCAAGCACUUACUGGUGUCAGCCUACAUGGACCAAAGAGUGAAGGAUUUUGAUAUACGCAUCAUUGGCAUAUUUAGGAGAGACUCCAUCCAACCCCUUCACUGCUUUUUCUGCUGUACUGGUUAUUUGAGUAAAACCACUCCAGCAACAAUUUUACAGCAUCCAGAUAACUUUGGUUUUCCCUUUGUCACUACGGAUGUCAUGUGUCAGAUUCCUCAGAAUUGCAAUGCGACACAUGUCACUCUCUUGACUACACCAGACAAAGAGAGUCCAUCUACUGAUCAAUGGCUCCCAAUAAGAAACAAAGACACAGUUGGACAGAAGGAAGAAAACAUGCAGUUUGACUUCACAGUCUGCAUCUCUAACCUCUUUGGUGACUACAACAAUGUGCUUCAGUUUGCACAGACUCUGGAGAUGUACAAGUUGCUGGGUGUGAACAGAGUGGUGAUCUAUAACACCAGCUGUGGUCCAGAGCUCAAUCGCCUGUUGCAGAGUUACAGCGACGAGGGCUUUGUGGAAAUGGUUCCUUGGCCCAUUGACAAGCAUCUGAAUCCAUCUCGUGGCUGGCUUCACUCAGAGCAUGGAGGGGAUUUGCAUUACUUUGGCCAGCUGACCACACUUAAUGAGUGCAUUUACAGAUCAAUGGAGCGUUCUCGCUACGUCCUGUUGAAUGACAUUGAUGAGAUUAUAAUGCCAUACCAGCACGAUGACCUGAUGUCUUUGAUGAACACGCUCCAAAAUCAGCAUCCAAAUAAACACUUUGAGCCAAGCGGACGGUUUCACCUGCCUCAGUGGAACGGGGUGCCAGGAAUUAAUAUUCUGGAGCACAUCUACAGGAGGACCCCGCCAGAAACGUAUACCAUCCACACAAGAUGA